AUGGCCGCGUCCAUCGCCCCCACCCACGCCCUCGUCGUCACCGCGCGCCCCGCCGCCGUGACCCGCGCCCGUCGCGCCGCGUCCGCCGUCCGCUGCGACGCGUCCAAGGAUGCCGCCGGGUCGCGUCUCGCCACCCGUCGCGAUGCGACCUUCGGACUCGGCGCCGCGCUCGUCGCCGCGCUCGCCGCGCCCGCCGCGGCGAACGCGGUGGAGUGCACGUGGGCCAUCGGAUGCAUGCCGGGCACCGAGCCCGGGGCUCCGCCGCGUUACAAUCUCCCGGGCGCCGCGUACGCCCCCGCGGAGGCUGCGGAGGAGAGAUUUCGGGCGAAGAUCCGAGCGGAGAAGGAGGCUGAGGAGACCGCGUUCGCGCAGAGGAUGGCGGCGCAGAAGGCUGCGGAGGAGCAGGCCGCCGCGAAGGCUGCCGCCGAGGCCGCCGCGAAGGCCGCCGCCGAGGCUGCGGUCGAGGCCCCGUGA